AUGGGCUUUACACUGCCGGUGCCUGACAGCACCUCUUCUGACCCAUUCUUGCCUCUUCAAGGCUCUGCGCAGCUGGAGCCUUUGGUGCCUGUGCCAGACCCUGCCUCUCCUGAUCCCUCCUUAUCCCUUCGCGGCCCUUGUCAGCCUGGUGCAUUGCUUUCGCCCUUGCAGACUUCCCGCGUCGGCGCUCCGCCGACGGCCUCGAGCUUCGCGACCUUCGGCAGCUCUCUGCCAGCAAGGUGCUCCGCGCGUUUGGAGGCUUCGCUGCCGACAUCGGCGGCCACCGGCUCAGGCUCACUGCCGCCGGCCAAGAGUCUUCAGAGGCUGGGGAGCGCAGUGCUGCUGUGCGGUGUGGCAAGGCCGGACUUAUCGCCGCCAGUGGUGGACCUGGUCAGUUUGGGCACGCCCCUGCCAACGCAUAGUGUUGCGAGGCUGGGAGUAGUAUUAGCUGUUCUGGACUUUCAGAGCUUAGAACCGCCGCUGGCCGUAAAAGCAUCCGCGCACUUGGACCUUUUUUUGCCAGUGUUUGGCUCAGCUCGCUUUGGACUUGUUUUCACGCUGUCAACGGUAGAUGCCGCCCACCCGGAAGUGGCGUUGUCAGUGCAUUCUUCCGCGUGGCCCGGCUUGGCCGCGCCCAUCUUGGACUUAGCGGUUGCUGGCUCGUCCUUGCCACUGCAACAGCUCGCUCGCCUGGGUUUGGUCAUGGCUACCUUAGGUGCCUUGCGCUUGGCUCUGCCACCACCUGCUUGCGGUGUUUGCCUUUUGGAGCCAUCGCUGCCCCUGCAGAGCCUUGCUCAACCUGAGCUCUCUUUAUUUGCCCCAAGCUUUGCCAAUCUAGAGCUGCUCUUGCUGACACAAGGCCUUUCUUGUUUAAGCACAUCCUUAUUCACUGUUGGCUUGCUGCGAGCUGGUCCUGCUCCUAUGGUGCUUGGAGAUGCUUCUUUGGGCCUGCCGCCCUUGCCUCGCAGCUUUUGCAGGUCAGAAGCUCUGGCGCCAGCCCUUGACUCCGCAUCGUUGGGUUUUUUGUCAGCUGCACGAAGCACAACACAAGUGGAAGCUGCUGCUUUGGCAUUGGGAGCUGCAACUUUGGGCGAAGUUUUGUUGGCUUUGGGCGCUUGCCACCCGGACCCCACCUCAUUUCCACAAGGUUGCGCCAGACCUGAUUUGCCACCCUCCGCUGUGAACUUUGCACGCCUGGGCCUGUCUUUGUUUCCAAGAAGCUGUGUUCGCCCGGGCUUGCUGCUGUCGGUGCCUGCAGUUUGCCGUCCUGGCUCUCUCCUGCCGGCACUGGAUUCUGGCUCCUCGGGGUUUUCGCCUUUGGUGCGGUCCAGGUGUCUCACCGGCUCCUGCCCAUCAGCUGAAGGCGGCGCCAGUCUGGAUGGCCUCCUCUCGCUGCCCGCCAUGGACACCGUGCAGCCCAGCCCUUCGCCGCCCCUUCGCGGCUGUGCGCGGCUUGGCUUGGCGCUGCCCGCGCUUGGCUCCGCUCACCUCGGGCUUUCUCCGCCCUCGCGCAGUCUCGUGCGACCAGACGCAUUGCCGUCCAUCCCGGGCGUGGGAAGAAUGGGAUUUUUCCUUGCAGCCUUUGGCUUUGCUUGCUUGGAGCUGGCAUCAACUGCACGCAGCGCUUCACGCCUGGAUUUAGCAAUCUUGGUUCUAGAUCCCUCCCAGCCUGAGCCGGGCUUGCUGAUACGAUCCAUGUCUAGACCGGGUGCUGCUUUGCCAGUCCUUGGAGUGAGUUGUUUGGAUUUGUUGUCUUCAGCCCCGGGAUGUGCACAUGCAGGAGCUUCGCUUGCGGCGCGCAGCUUUGCCCGGUUUGGUUCAUCAGCCCUUGUCUCGAGCUUUUCCUUGCCAGGCCCACCCCUGCCUUUGCAGGCGCCGUCGCACGCUGGCUUGUUGCUUUUUGCCUCCGGGCUCACUUGCCUUGGUGCCUCUUUGUUUGCCCUAGGCAUGGCAAUGAUUGAGUCACUAAUGACAUCACGAAGCGCGGCAUGCUCAGGUUCGGCCUGCUCAGCAUGUGAUUUCAGCACUCCAGGCUCGCUGUCAGUUUUGAGGAGCCGCUUGUGGCCAGGGCCCCUUCUGAGUGCUUGCGGGUCAGGACAACUGGGCUUUUGUUUGUCGGCUCUCUCUGUCGCAUCCUUCGGCCUGCCGCCUCCUUUGCGCAGCCUCUCACAGCUGGACUUCUCGGCGCCGGCAUGCGGCCUUGCGCUGUCAGAGCCCCCGCCUGCUGCGCGCAGCUUCAGUCGCUCAGGCUUGACGUCAUUUGCUGUGGGCCUGGUGCGGCCAGGCGUCAGCUUCUCGGCCAUGGGCGCUGCACACCUGGGCCCAGCUUCAGCUGCACAGAGCCUUGCGCGCUUGGGCCUAGCAGCAUCAGCCUGGAGCCUGGCGCACUUGAGCCUUUCCCCCUCCCUGCGCAGCUGCCAAGCUGGCUCCGCCAUGUUUGCCUCAGGCGCAGCACGCCCGGGCGCGGCUCUCGCUGCUUCGAGCCUUGCCUCUUUGGACGUGUCGCUUUCGGUGCACAGCCCCAGCCGUCCAGGGACCGCGGUGCUGGUUUGGGGCCUCUCGGGUUUGGACCUCUCGCUGUCGUCACGGUGCACCGCCUGCCCCGACUCCUUUCUGCCGGCCUGCGGCAGAUCCACUGCGGGGCCGCUGCUGUCGGCCCUGGACCUGGCCCAUUUGGAGCCCACUUCGCCCGCAAGAUCCUUUGUCCGCCUCGGAUUGGGUCCUUUAGUGCCGGGCGGUGUGCGAUCAGAUUCACUGUUCACUCUACCUGUCACAGAUCUAGUGUCUCCUGAGUCGUCGCCACUUGCUCACAGCCUUGCCUGCCUUGAUCCCCCUGCAGUGGUGUCAGACUUUGCUUCCUUGGAGUCGUUGCCAGCAUCACAGCAUUUUGCUCAGCUAGAAGUGCUGUUGAUUGCAUGUGGCAGCUGUUGUACUGGUUUGCCCACGCCAGUUGUCAGCCACAUCAGCCCCAGCUUCUUGUCGCCUCUCCGCAGUUUCUCGCACCUUGGCCCACCUGCAUUAGCUUCAGACCCCACUUCUCCAGGCCUCUCUUUGCCUCUUCAUAGCUUCUCACACCUUGGCAUUUUGUUAGCUGCCCUUGGCUGCACCACUGCUGGCUUGCCGCUUUUUGUCCUCGGCGCCUUGCACUCGGACCCCGCUUUGUCCCCCAGAAGCCUCGCCCGGCCGGGAGUCGCUUCACCAGCCCUUGGCGCCGCUGACACCGAGCCGCCGCCGUUUUUGCAAAGCGUGGCCCGCGCAGAGGCGUCACUGGCAGCAUGUAGGAUGAGUCGACUGGGCAUGGCAAUGACGGUUUCAGGCUGCGGCACUUUGGAAAGCUUUCCGGCUCUACGGAGUUCUGCUCAGUCCGGCGUUUCGGCGCCAGUGCUACAGCUCGCCAUCUUUGGAUUUCCCUUGCUGCUGCGAAGUAUGAGCCAAAUUGGAUCAUCUCCAUCUCUGUUCGGCAUGUUCUGA